ACACCAUGUUCCCAACAUUUCUUGAGUACAGGUCACCCAGCUGCAGAGCGGGCAGUGCGCUUUUGUGGAACAAAGUCGGUCUUGCUGUCUUCAGAGGUGUUUUUUUCCCCUGAUGGAUUCUGGAUGCUUUGAAGACUGGUUGACUGACAGCACGAAGUCUGAGCCUGACCUUUCCCACAGGAGAAUGUUGACAAAACUUAGACUUUUUGUCUUUUUUUUUCUUUUGCUUUGAAUGAAUGAAUGAAUGGGUAUUUCUGCACCAAGUCAUCCUCCUGUAAGUAUCAAUCCAAUCAAUGUCUGAGUGAGGUCACCUGUAGUUUUCUAUGUCAGGUAUUUGACCAACAGAGACAUGUCCAAUGACAGCUGCAACUUCCCCUUGGACACGGACACAUUUGGCCUGACCUGUAUCUAUGGCCUGAUCUUCUCUUUGGGUCUCCCCAGCAACCUGCUGUCUCUCUGGGGACUGUACCACCUGGGCCGCUCAGGUGGGGGAGGCUGCCAGCUGGUCUACAUCCUCAACCUACUGCUGUCAGACCUCCUCCAGCUGCUCACCCUGCCUUUGUGGAUUCUUUACCUCCAGGGUGCGCACCGCUGGCCCUACGGCCAGCUGACCUGUGAGCUGGUGGGCUAUGUGUUUUACGUAAACGUCUACGCCAGCGUCAUGUUCCUGUGCCUGAUAGCGCUGGACCGCUGCCUGGCCAUCGUGUACCCACUGAGCAGCCGCAGGGUGAGAACUGUCAGGGUGGCAGCGAUGUCAGGUGUGGCAGUGUGGAGUCUCACUUUCCUGUUCUGCCUGUGGGGGCUGCUGCCAUCAGUGUUUGAUGCUGAAAGACUGCUGUGUCUGGAGCAGUACCCUGUCAGCCCCAGAUAUGCCCACUUCAAGAUCACCACAGUGGCUCUCGGCUUCCUGCUGCCAUGUGCCAUACUAGGCUACACCUCAGCCCACAUUGGGGUAACACUCCGACGAUCUCCCUCCCUCUCUGACCAUGAGCGGCACAAAAUUGUGGGCAUCCUGGUUGUGAUCACCGUCAAUUUCAUUGUUGUGUUCGGACCCUACCACCUCGUGGGCGGAUACAGGUUUGUCUCCUUGCUGCUGACUGAUGAGCCGUGCGGACUAGAGCGUUCCAUUUUCCUCAUCUAUCGCCUGUGCUACGGUCUGACUAGCCUCAACACCCUGCUAGAUCCCCUCUUCUACAUCUUCCUGUGCCCUGAUGCCCGCCUAGAGCUGCAAAGGUCCUUGCCCUGUUUAGGGAGGGGUCAAAACACCCGCAAAAAGAUGGCCCUCAGUACCAGAGCUCACACAGACACCCAGAACGAGAGUGAAACUGGACAUAAUAAUCUUCUAGCAAUAUAAAUUGGAUCAAACCAC